AUUGUCUUUGAUCUGAUGUUCAUCAUACAGUUUAGUGGUUUGGUGGAAGAUGGAGAAAGUAGCUGGUUCUCAAGAAGCUGGUGGGACCCCACAUCUUUGCCCCCACCACCUCCAAUUAGUCAGCCGAAUGUGAAACCAGAACGUGUUGCAACUCCUAAGUAUUCUAUUAUCAGCAGGCGUGGAGUUGGAACCAAUGGACGGCGCAUAUCCUUGCUCACCAACCACUUUAAAGUUUCUGUUGAUUUUCAAGAUGCAGUAUUUUACCAGUACAGUGUUUCUAUAACCUCAGAAGAUAAUAGGGCCGUUGAAGGUAAGGGAAUAGGGAGAAAACUGAUUGGUCGGCUCUACCAAACAUACUCUUCGGAGAUUGCUGGUAAAAGGUUUGCAUAUGACGGGGAGAAAAGUCUGUACACUGUUGGACCUCUGCCGCAGAACAAGUUUGAGUUCCAAGUCGUGCUUGAAGAGUCAAUUGCGAAACGUGGUGAAACUGGGAGUCCUGGUGGCAUGGGGAGCCCCAAAGAGACUGGUAAACGGUUUCGACGUUCUCUUCAGUCAAAGACUUUUAAAGUAGAGCUCAGCUAUGCUGCCAAAAUACCCUUGAGGUCCAUUGCUCUUGCCCUCAAAGGAGCAGCUGAAGACAACAAUUCUCAGGACGCCUUAAGAGUCCUUGAUAUUAUCUUGAGGCAGCAAGCUGCUGAUAGGGGUUGUCUUUUGGUAAGGCAGUCAUUUUUUCAUGAUGACUCAAGAAAUUUCACUGAUAUUGGAGGAGGUGUACAAGGACUCCGGGGUUUCCAUUCUAGCUUUCGACCAACUCAGGGCGGCUUGUCUCUUAAUAUGGAUGUGUCUACGACAAUGAUCCUAAAACCUGGCCCUGUGAUUGAUUUUUUGAUGGCUAACCAGAAUGUGCGGGAACCUCGCAAUAUUGAUUGGUUAAAGGCUAAGAGAAUGCUGAAAAAUCUUAGGAUUAAGACACUACACCGAAACACGGAAUUUAAAAUCAUGGGCCUGAGUGAGAAGCCCUGCAAUCAGCAAUUCUUUCCUAUGAAAGUCAAAAAUGGCGAAAGCGGAAAUGAAGGAGAAUCUGUUGAGAUCACUGUUCUUGACUAUUUUACUAAACACUGUGCUAUAGAACUUAGCUAUUCUGCGUACCUGCCAUGCCUUGAUGUUGGCAAGCCAAAACGGCCCAAUUAUCUGCCUCUAGAGCUCUGUUUGCUUGUCUCACUUCAACGCUAUACAAAAGCAUUAUCUUCAAUGCAGAGGGCAUCUUUGGUUGAAAAAUCAAGGCAAAAGCCUCAGGAAAGAAUACGAAUUUUGACUGAUGCUAUGAGAAACUACCGCUAUGAUGCUGACCCAUUACUUGGUGAGUGUGGUAUUUCUAUAGAGAAACAAUUGACUCAGGUUGAGGGCCGUGUCCUUGAGACUCCAAAGUUGAAGGUCGGUAACAGUGAUGAUUGCAUCCCUCGUAAUGGGCGGUGGAAUUUUAAUAACAAGCAACUUUUGAAACCCGUUCAAAUUAGCAGUUGGAUUGUUGUCAAUUUCUCUGCACGCUGUGAUACUAGUUAUAUUUCACGGGAGCUUAUCAACUGUGGAAGAAAUAAAGGCAUCCAUAUUGAACGCCCGCAAACACUGAUUGAGGAAGAUGCGCAAAGUAGAAGAGCCAGUCCUGUUGCAAGAGUUGAAAAGAUGUUUGAACAGAUGAUGGCAAAGCUUCCUGGUGGCCCGCCUGAAUUUAUCCUUUGUGUCUUGUCAGAGAAGAAAAACUCUGAAAUUUAUGGGCCUUGGAAGAAGAAAAGUCUAAGUGACUUUGGCAUAUUCACACAGUGCAUUUCCCCUACUAAAGUUAAUGAUCAGUACCUCACUAAUGUGCUUCUUAAAAUAAAUUCUAAGCUUGGAGGAAUAAAUUCUUUGUUGGCCAUGGAGCACUCCUCACGGGUUCCUCUGAUAAAUGGUGCCCCUACCUUGAUUUUGGGAAUGGAUGUCUCGCAUGGGUCUCCUGGUCGAUCAGAUAUCCCAUCUAUCGCUGCGGUUGUUGGUUCUCGAUGUUGGCCACUGAUAUCAAGGUAUAGAGCAUCUGUAAGAACACAAUCACCUAAGGUGGAGAUGAUUGAUGCUUUGUACAAGCCUUUGGAAAAUGGAAGCGAUGAUGGUAUCAUCAGGGAACUGCUUGUCGACUUCUUCCAAACUAGCAAUGGACGCAAACCGACUCAGAUUAUUUUUUUCAGGGAUGGAGUGAGCGAAUCACAAUUUAACCAGGUUUUGAACAUUGAGCUCGAUCAAAUUAUAAAGGCAUACCAGCAUCUUGGAGAGGUUGACAUUCCCAAGUUCACAGUGAUUGUGGCUCAGAAGAAUCACCACACAAAGCUAUUUCUAGCUGGAGGCCCGGAAAAUGUUCCACCCGGGACUGUUGUGGACACAAAAAUUGUGCACCCUAGGAACUAUGAUUUCUACAUGUGCGCUCAAGCAGGGAUGAUUGGAACUUCUAGGCCAGCACACUAUCAUGUCUUGGUCGACGAGAUUGGUUUCUCUCCUGAUGAAUUGCAAAAUCUGAUCCACUCAUUGUCAUAUGUGUACCAGAGGAGUACAACUGCAAUUUCAAUUGUGGCGCCCAUAUGUUAUGCCCACCUUGCUGCACAUCAGAUGGGGCAGUUCAUGAAGUUUGAAGAUUUAGCGGAAACCUCUUCAGGAAGUGCCACCUCGGUAGGGAGUAUCCCCAUUCCGGAGCUCCCUAGAUUGCAUAAGAAAGUCAGGGCUUCAAUGUUCUUCUGCUGAGGCAGUGCUGACAGGUUUCCGUAAAUACUCUUUUGAAAAGAAAUAUUUUUUGAAGCUGUAGAUACAUAGGCGGGAAUAGGGGUAUACUGGUGGGGUUGGAGUUUCGUACACAGAUGCAGAAGAAGCAAACUAAAGUUCAGGUUUUUUUAAUAUAUAUAUAUAAUAUAUAUAUAUUAAGCGGGCACUAGUGCAUUGCCAUGACAUUCGUGGUUUAAUUUAAGACUCGUUUCAGUUAUCAACAUUAUAGGAAUUACAUGUCGGGAGCACUGGAGAUUUCUCACUUUUUAGAAAGGAUUUGCUUCGGUAAUUCUUGCAAUUUGUAUUCUUUUGGGGAUGUUUACUGCUAAAUCUUCAUGUGAUUAUCUCUUGAUGUGAAGUUUCUAUAUAGAUUUUAAAUGGCUAUGCAAGAAUAAUAGACCCAUCUUUUGACU